AUGUUUUCCAUGAAUUGGUUCUAUGGCAUAUUAACCUCUCUUGGAUUAAAGCAAAAGAAGGCAAAACUCUUGUUUUUGGGCCUCGAUAAUGCGGGCAAAACCACUUUACUUUAUAUGUUGAGUGAUGAGAGGCUGGCUCAACAUCAACCAACACAGUAUCCAACAUCAGAGGAACUGAGUAUGGGGAAGAUAAAGUUCAAUGCAUUUGAUUUAGGUGGACAUCAAAUUGCUAGAAGAGUCUGGAAAGACUAUUAUGCCAAGGUUGAUGCUGUUGUUUAUCUUGUUGAUGCUUCUGAGAAAGAGAGAUUCAUGGAAUCAAAGAAGGAACUAGACGCCCUUCUCUUAGACGAGUCAUUAGCAAAUGUCCCGUUUCUUGUCUUAGGGAACAAGAUCGACGUGUCCUAUGCUGCUUCUGAGGACGAGUUGCGUUAUUACCUUGGCCUAACCGGCCUCAACACUGGCAAGAGUAAGGUGGAUCUUACUGAAACAAAUAUUCGUCCCCUCGAGUUAUUCAUGUGUAGUAUCGUGCGCAAGAUGGGAUAUGGUGAGGGAUUCGAAUGGCUAUCUCAAUAUAUCAAGUAG